GGUCACGUGACAAGUGGCACAGAGAAAGAAAAGAGCGCUCGUGCCGUCUCCAUCCCGCCACACCAACGCGGAUGAAGCACCGGUCACCUUCAGAGCAGCAUCACGGGAAGAAGCCCCGUGUUCCUGCUGCCGCCGCGGCUACCUCCACCUCACCGCAAGACGGAAUGGAGGACAAAGCAGCGACAAAUCCGCGGGAGCUCACGCAAAACCCCCUGAAGAAGAUUUGGAUGCCGUAUAAAAACGGCCUUCCUGAAAAACACAUUUCUCAAAGGAAGGUAUGCAUGACCAACUGUCCCACACUCAUUGUUACCGUGGGCCUACCUGCCAGAGGGAAGACCUACAUCUCCAAGAAACUGACCCGCUAUCUCAACUGGAUCGGAGUGCCCACCAGAGAGUUUAAUGUUGGACAGUACAGAAGAGAGUUUGUAAAGAUCUACAAGUCCUUUGAGUUCUUCCGUCCGGACAACGAGGAGGGGUUAAAGAUCAGAAGACAGUGUGCUUCAGCGGCAUUGAACGAUGUGCGGGAGUACCUCACAGAAGACGGAGGCCAGGUUGCGGUGUUCGAUGCAACAAACACUACCCGAGAAAGAAGGGAGACCAUCCUGGAGUUUGCGGAGCAGAAUGGCUUUAAGGUGUUCUUUGUGGAGUCUGUGUGUGAAGACCCAGAUGUCAUACAGGAGAACAUAGUGCAAGUGAAACUGGGUAGCCCGGACUACACCAACUGCAACACAGAAGAAGCAGUGGAAGAUUUCAUGAAGCGGAUUAAGUGCUAUGAAAACUCGUACGAGACGCUGGAUGAGGUUCUGGACAGAGAUCUGUCCUACAUUAAAAUCAUGGAUGUUGGUCAGCGGUACUUGGUCAACAGAGUGUUGGACCACAUCCAGAGCCGGAUUGUCUACUACCUCAUGAACAUCCACAUCACACCCCGCUCCAUCUACCUGUGCCGCCACGGGGAGAGCGAGCUAAACGUCAAGGGUCGUAUUGGAGGAGACUCGGGUCUGACGAUUAGAGGGAAGGAGUUUGCUAAGAAGCUGAGCCACUUCAUCCAGGAGCAAAACAUUAGCGACCUCAAGGUAUGGACUAGUCAGAUGAAGAGAACCAUCCAGACAGCCGAAGCCCUCAAUGUGCCCUAUGAACAGUGGAAGGUCCUGAAUGAGAUUGAUGCUGGUGUGUGCGAGGAGUUGAUGUAUGAAGAGAUCCAAAAAAACUACCCUCUGGAGUUUGCACUAAGAGACCAGGACAAAUAUCGCUAUCGCUAUCCAAAAGGAGAGUCCUAUGAGGACCUGGUGCAGCGGUUGGAGCCCGUCAUCAUGGAGCUGGAGCGGCAGGAGAACGUGCUGGUCAUCUGUCAUCAAGCUGUCAUGCGCUGCCUGUUGGCAUACUUUCUGGACAAAACAGCAGAGGAGCUUCCAUAUCUGAAGUGCCCACUGCACACGGUGCUGAAGCUGACACCGGUGGCCUACGGCUGUAAAGUGGAGUCCAUAAGCCUAAACGUGGACGCAGUGAACACGCACAGAGAGAGACCAGCGAACGUGAACGUCCACCGUACGGCUGAAGACGCCCUGCAGACCGUCCCUUCUCAUCUCUGAUACCUCUGCUGGCUGGAACCCGGUGAUGCUGAAAGCUGGACCUUUCCCCUUCCUCCUUUUUCUUCCUUUUUUUUUUUUUCACCUUUCCAAAUGUGCACAACCUCCUCACACUGGUGACCAUCUGGUUAAUGUGUCUCCUCCUUCCUCCUCCACCAGCACCAUACACACACACACACACACAUUUCUCUGUUACCCCUUGUUUAAGCAUAUUUUUUUGAGGAACCCGCGAGUGUCGUGGGGCCCUCGGCAUCGCUGGUCCAAAUUAUUUAUGAAUCAAAGUAUUGUCUUGCACAGCAGGGAGUUAAACGCUUGGCUCACACAGCAGAUUCCUGUCUGCCUGUUACUGUACUCAGUGUGGUUUCAUUGUGUUGAUUUUGCGCAGCAGUAGCACUAACACUGAAAGUUACUGUGAUGUGUCUUGAAGUAUUAACCCUGUGAUUUUUUUUUCCCCGCUCCAUGUUUUUGAUAUGCAACUGUAGCGUGCAAUCAUCAUCGGAUGUGAAGCUGUCUUCAGUGAUAAUGUGCAAUUUGUAGGCCGCAAACCUACUCGGACAACAGCUUACUAUUUUUAAAGUGCUGAUUCAGUAAUAGAUUAAAGGACUGGGUUGUUAAUUUUUAAUGGUAAACAAGUAGCCAUUUCAUUUUGUAGGGCUGGCUGGUGUAAUAGCUUUCCUUAGCUAUGUGGUGUACAGUGUCAGCUGAAACUGGUGUUUUAUGUAAAUGAUGAUUCCACACACGGGCCUUCAGUGAAAUACACUCACAUGCUUUCGUCACUUGUUUCUGUGGAGAACACAUCAGAGCAUUAAACAUGCAAAACAGAAAAAAAGAACACGAUAUUAGCUUGAAGUUGGUGUUGUGGGUCAAGAUUUUAAAAAUUGUACAUCCCAACUACACGAUAAUAAAGAUGUUAUUUUUUUAA